AACAUGGUACUACCAGGAUUCGCUGCCAUUAUGAUAAUUUCCCAGCGAUUAAUCGAUCAACACACGCGUUGCUUCGUGCAUCAGCUCGAGAUUUUUUCACAGCCCGAUCAGACCCUGGUAAAACCCGGACCGCGUCUUCAACAGUAUAUUCCGGAACCAUAGUCAGCACUCGAAAUUGAGUGUCGUGUGCAGACACAGCAUACUCCAGUUGUUGGAUUAUCCCAAUGGCAGACAUCGGGAAAGACACAAGAUCCGACCGACAAGAUCAUGGACAUGCUGCGAAACAAGACCCCGACGGGCCCAAUGAUAGGGACAACAAACUCAUCAAUGACCUUUUCAAUAUAAUUCGGUCGGCCGACGAGAGGCACACACGGACGCUACUACAGAUGAUCCGUCGACAUGCCACUAUCCAGGAGGUUCGCGCAUUUAUGGAUAGCGUGGUCCCCAGGAAUGCGACAGCGGAGACAAAUGGCACUUGGCUGCCCACAGCUCGGGGGACGAAACGCAGGGCGGAUGCUGAGACCGGGCGACUGGAGCAUCGGUCCAAAGUCAUGGACAUCGAUUAUAUGUGUAACAUGGCUUAUUUCAAGGUUCCUGCUAAGCCAUGGACAACUGUGACCGAUGAUGAUAACUUGGUCUCUCACCUGGUGUCAUUGUAUUUUACCUGGGACUACCCAUUUUAUGCCUUUGUCGACCGCGACAUUCUUCUGAGAUACAUGAUUAUAGGAAAUGUGAACUCCGAUCUUUGCAGCCCGUUUCUGGUCAACGCCAUACUUGCCAAUGCAUGCAUGUACGCCGAAGGCUCAGAGAUCAAUAUGACCGCCGAAGAUGUCGAUACGAUGAGCACGAAAUUUCUGGCAGAGGCGGAGCGGCAUUUGGGAGCCCACCAAUUCGACAGAGGCUCCGUUGUGCGCUUGGCUUCGUUACAGGCUGCCUUGCUUUUGUACGAGAGAUACUCCAUGUCCGGAGAAGAUGGUAAUGGUUAUGCAUUGCUCAAUCUUGCUAUUGACCUGGGAGAGGCUUUGGGUAUUAUCAACGGUCCAAAGUUGAACCUCAGCAAGACACACAUGACGGAGGAUAUGAUAUCGUCGAUCAAGCGAACUGCGUGGGGACUGUUUCAAGUGGACACGGUCGUUCACGCAAACUUCCUCCGACCAUGUCGCGUCAACGAAGUCAGCAUCGACCGUAUCGCGCGUGAUGACUCUGACAAAGAUGAACAGUGGGUACCUUAUCCCAUCGAUGGACAGGCACGGCCGUUCUGGAUGAGCGAGUAUUUCGACGAGUCUUGCAGACUGUCAUAUAUUGCGAGAGACAUAUGCCACAUAUAUCACGAAAACGUAGAGCCCGGCAUUGAUGUUGUUGAGCGCAAAGAGCACUUCUACAAGAGCCUAAGACAAUGGGAAAGCGAAUUACCCACGAAGUUUUCUGACACCAAGACCCUGGCACCACAUUUUGUCCUGCUGAAAAUGCGCUACCACGCUCUCACCAUCAUCUUGUCGUUCGAACAUUUCCAGGGGGCUGUCCCCUGCGAUGCUCGCGGAUGGCAACAAUCGCAUGGAAAAUACAGUGGAGUCGUCGAUCCCCACGCGCUCGAGACGGCCCUGUCCUCCGCACGCGAGAUCUCGGCUCUCGUUCGACUGCAUCGGUGCGAAUUCGGGAUCCGUCGCUCCCACCAGUACGUUAUGUACGUCAUUAUGCUAGCGCUCUUCACCAUGCUUGAGCACCAGUCAUUCGACGUACUCGACCGUGAUUUCCUUUCUCUGACCAGCGCAUUCUCGAUGAUCUACCACAACACGCCGGUGGGGAGAAAGCUGUUUCCGGUCUUCCGCCAAUCCGUCACCGUGCGCACCGGUGGGCGACCAACAUUUGAUUUCGUCGAACUCGCCCACCAGGCACAGGGGCUCGCUGUGCUUAGCGCUUUCUCCGAUACGUCUGCCCAGCAAGGGGGUUACCGCAAAGCCCAACGGGAGCUGUAUGCUCGCGACCCCGAUCUCUGUGGUCCGGAAGAUCAUUCGCCGGAUCAGUUACCACCCAUGGAGGAGAUGCUCAGGAUGUACGAGCGUCUCAGUGUGGGAAAGGAAUUGAAUCCGCACACCCCGCCAUCAGAAGCAUUCCGCUUUUCACCGUCGGACAACUCUGGCUCCUCAUCCGCAUGACACCAUGUCCUUGGAGAUUGUUCGUGGGGACUUGGGAGGCACUACAUUCCCACGGCCUCGCUAUAAAUAAAAUCCUAGAAGAGUGGAGCGUGCAGAAUCAGCUACGGGUUAUGGAGAGUCCGUCAGCAAGAGGGUAUCAGAGGAUCGACUUGAACUCAUUGUUGGUCAUAGCCAAUAAUUGCAUGGACCCCAGGAGUAAGUUCGACGAGGAAGACGAAGGAAAACCCAUGCUCUGUUUUUUCAAUUACCCUUGAAACCCCAGGAUGUUGCGUUCGAUCCUUUGUGGGGUAAGUUGUCACACCAACUUCGAGGGAUGAAGAAGAAGUUGGUCAGCCCGUCAAGGUUGUUUCUCUGA